AUGGUUUACUACUCCGUAGCUUUGUGUUGGAACGGUAAUCAGAACCAGGCAGACCUGUCUUUCUUUCGCUUUCCUUCAGAUAAACGACUUUCUAUUUGGUUGAAAUUCUGUUGUAGAGCUGAUAGCAAGUUCGAAGAAGAGCAAUGGAAGGCAACAGCUGACGAGGAAAACAACUUAAGGAUCUGUAACGAGCACUUAACUGAUGAUUCUUAUUGGAAAACACGGUUUGGUAGACGUACCCUCAACGAUUAUGCCAUACCAGCAAUAUUUCGAAUCUACAACAAACCUGAAACAUUGAGAAAUGAACACUAUGAAAAACGUGCAGAAGAACGAUCUUUACCGAAAGAGUCCCAUUUCAAAACAACGAGAAAGGCGAACGCUCAGAGUGCAGCAAACACAAGCGCAGCUGUUAUUGCUUUUAUACACAAUGAUCAUACCUACGCAAAAACGCCAAGUAGUGAUCAUGUUUCUGAGGGCACACUUGCGAAGAAUAGAAGUUCGACUGGAACACAAACCGAUGUUACAUUACUAGAUGCCCAACAGUGGGAAGAUGACCAUGAGGAGUUAAUUUGGUUACAUCAAGAGUAAAAAGAAAUGCGGCAAAAGCUGCAAGACGAACCCACUACUAAGAGGGAAUUGUUCAUGGAAGACGUUUUAAAAAGCGCCGAAAUGGUUAUUGAAAAACUAACUUCACCUAUGCACAGAGAGCCACCUGGAGUGACUACGAAGAGCAUCAUACAAUAAAGGCUGUGGUGGGAAUUACACCUUCAGGGUGCUUCAGCUUUUUCUCCGACUUUUAGGCAGAUAGCACAACUGAUAUACGAAUUACACAAGAAAGUGGCCUGGUGGAUUUACUAGAGGAAGGAGAUGCUGUUAUGGCAGACCGAGGUUUUAACAUACGAGAUAUCCUUACUAAGAAGAAAGUAUACCUGAACAUCCCUCCAUUUUCAAAGAAAGGUAGAUUUAGAUAAUACUCUUAUUGUAUUCUAUACUGGAGUUUUAAAAAAUCUUACCACCCAGUAAUACUUCACCUCACUAAAUUACCCUUUUUUUUCAAGCAUAACUAGUCUAAUCGAUCCUAACUUUAGUGGAAGACAUAGUUUCACUUUGGGUUUCCAGGACAGUAUCUGUUAAUUAACUAAUGUCAGUCUAAACAACAGAUAACCGUUUCAGAUCCUUACCCAGACAAACUAGUAACAGGCGAGAACUGUGAAAAAUGUCAAUAUAAUGACAGAAUUUUAUCUUUUUUGAAUCACAGGCAAACAGUUUUCAAGAGCAGUCACCAAGUCAAGCAGGC